GAGGAGGAGGGGAUAUGGACCAAGAAAGCCUCAUCUGUUCAUCAACCUCAUCCACAACCCCAACACUCUCUCAUUCCCAUGAGCUCCAUCGGCCAAAACAUCCUGAUGGCUCUCGCCCUCACUCUAAACCAAUUCGCUUCCUCAAACGUUCAAUCCGUCCAGAGAAACAAACCCAAAACGCCACCCACCACCACCGCCACCACCUCCGCCUCCACCUUCGCCAGUUCUGACAUCCAACGAAGAGGCCUCCUCUUAUCUGCCGCCGUUGCCGCCGCCGUGGACUCCAGAACCGAGCUCCUAAAAAGGUACCUCAAGAAAUCCGAAGAAAACAAAGAAAAGAACGACAAGGAGAGAUUGGAGAGUUUCUACAAGCGAAAUUACAAAGAUUAUUUUGAGUUUGUUGAAGGAUCUUUGAAGAACAAGGAUGAACUUUCUGAAGCUGAGAAAGGUAUCAUUGAAUGGCUUAAGAGAAACAAAUAAAUGAAUUUCCAUUCAUUCUAUCCUUUUCUUUUCAUUUCUUCUAAUCUCGUCUAUCAAUUAUCAUUCUAACGAGGAUCGUUCAACGUUACAAAUAUUUAAAAUUUUCUAUCUAUUAAAAUUAUUCGUGAUAUUAUUCAA